UACGGCGAAUUCGGAAUCGUCGGAAGAUAUAUAUUCUCGGUCUCAUAUGCGGCAACGUCGCUCGCUUCAUCAAUUAUGGCUCCAACUUUGCAAGGCGAGUGGAUCAAGGUGGAGCAGAAAGGUGGAAGAGGACCAGGACCAAGAUGUUCACAUGGCAUAGCCGUGGUCGGAGACAAGCUCUACUGUUUCGGUGGCGAGUUAAUACCAAACAUGCACAUCGACAAAGACCUUUACGUCUUUGACUUCAACACUCACACUUGGUCAAUUGCUCCGGCUAAUGGAGACCCCCCUCGCAUCAGCUGCUUAGGUGUUCGCAUGGUGGCCGUAGGAACUAAGCUCUAUAUCUUUGGAGGCCGUGAUGAGAAGCGCGCCUUCAACGACUUUUACUCGUACGAUACUGUGCAAAAAGAGUGGACGUUCUUGACGAAGCUUGAUGAGGAUGGAGGACCAGAAGCUCGUACUUUCCAUUCAAUGACUUCAGAUGAAAACCACGUAUAUGUUUUUGGUGGGGUAAGCAAAGGUGGGUUGCAGACAACCCCGAAGCGGUUCAGGACGAUAGAGGCCUAUAACAUCGAUGAUGGGGAAUGGGUUCAGCUACCGGAUCCUGGAGAAAACUUCGAGAAAAGAGGAGGAGCAGGAUUUGCUGUGGUGCAAGGGAAGAUUUGGGUGGUUUACGGGUUCGCAACUUCGAUUAUUCCCGGAGGAAAAAAUGACUAUGAGUCUAAUGCUAUACAAUACUUUGAUCCGGCUUCCGGGAAAUGGACCCAAGUAAAGACAACAGGAGCGAAACCUUCUGCGAGGAGCGUGUUUGCGCAUGCGGUAGUUGGAAAAUAUAUAAUAAUAUUUGGAGGUGAGGUUUGGCCAGACCUAAAGGGACAUUUAGCUCCAGGGACGUUGUCCAAUGAGGGUUACGUGUUGGACACUGAAACACUGGUGUGGGAUAAGUUGGCAGAAGGAGGUGAACCAGCGAUGCCACUCGGUUGGACCGCCUACACCUCUGCCACCGUCUAUGGAAAGAAAGGCCUCCUCAUGCAUGGUGGUAAGCUGCCGACCAACGAGCGAACUGGUGAUCUCUACUUCUACGCGGUCAAUUCAGCUUAAUGCGUGUCAAUGUUGGUUUUGUGUUGUGUGGCUCGUCAUUCGUCAAGUAUUAUCAUCCAAUAAUGUGCCAGUUUAUUG